AUGUCGACAAUCGAAGACCCUUUCGUUUCCGCCUCCCAGGAGGGCGCCGUUCCUCGCGAGUCGCACCGGUACUCGUCCUUUGACACCCAGCUAUACAGUCUAGAUGCAUCCUCCCCGGCGCAGGCAAAACGAGCCCUCGAGGCGCAUCUGGCGGAGACAGAGCGUCGGCUCGAGGAGGCGAGCAAGCUCGGUACUGCUCUCAUUGAGCAGCAGAAGGAGCUCGAGGAGAAGUUGAAGGAAGUCGAACAGCAGCAGGAGGCGGGCCAGAUUGGGCCCGAUCUUCGUCAAAAGCUCGCGGACUUGGAGAAAGAGUACAAUGAAAUCGGCCGGGAAACUGCGCGGGCAUUCCUUGCUCCAAAACGCAUGGCGGGUGGCGAGGAUAGCCACUUGGGUACCCCGUACGAGCAAAAGUCACCAAUCAGUCCCGCCCUGUUCGCUGGGCAAGCAACAAAUUCUCCAAGUAAAGUGAGCGUACCGUCUCGCAAACAGCGAAACCAAUCUUCGACCCGCGUCCAUGACAUCGAGUUCGCGACCGAGAUUUCGACCUCCCUCCUGGCUCAAGUUCGCCAGUUACAAGCGUUGCUUGCUGAGCGCGAGGAGGCUUUGAAGAUCCUCAACCUGGAAAAGUCAAGGCUUGAGUUGGAGGCAGAGGGUUACACCCAGCGUAUCCGUGCACUGGACGAGAGCGAAGAGCGCUACAAGGACGAGAACUGGGCGUUGGAGACAAAAACCCAUGAGUUGAUGGCGGCAGUUAAGGAGGCAGCCGAUCGAGAGAGUAGACUCAACAGCAACCUGGGCCUACUAGCCUCCGAGAAGGGCUCCGUCGAACGAGAGCUUGAGGACUUGAAGCAAGUCAAUGCGAAAUUGAUCGAGGAUCAUACGGCUGCGCAAAAAGCCAACGAUUCCGAGAUACAUCUCCUGCGAAGGAACCUCAACGCUGGAGAUGCCGAGAAGCUUGCUCUUCAGAAGAAAGUCGAGGAGCUGAAUUUGCAGAACGAAGAACUCGCGAGAGCCGUGGCAAUGCGCAUUCGUCAACACGAAGCAGAAUCCACUCGCGAGGUUUCCCGUGGCCAUGAAUCGGAUGAUCAAGACCAAUCCACGCCGGAGAACUCCCCUCCCCCGUCGCCCAACAAGUUCACUCCUCGACACAACCAUCUGGAAACCGAGACGUUGCGGAGUUCACUGGGUCAUGCCCAUCGGAUGAUCCAGAAUCUCAAAAGCACUAUCCAUCGCGAGAAGACCGAAAAGAUUGAUCUCAAGCGUAUGCUGCAAGAAGCUCGUGACGAGAUAGAACAGCGUCGUCGCGAAGCUGCUGCCCCAACUAAUCCGUCAAGCAAGCGCCAGAAGACCAAGGCUGAGGCCGCCAGAAAAGCUCCUCGGCCCGAUUUGUUGGGUGCUGGACGGAAGAGGGCAGAAAUCGAGAUCCAGGAUUCGGACUGGGAAGACAAUGCUACCGAAGCCAGCCCGUCUCACAAGCCUUCCAUGAAGUUGCACCAAGGUCGUGUAGGAGGACAAUCGUCUGACGAACCUAGCGAUGCGUACCAGACUGCUACCGAGGCUGACGACACUUUUGAGACGGCCAACGAACGAGAAACCGCGACCGAAAGCGAAGCUUUCCAGACCGGAAUUGAAAGCAUGGCUGACGAUAGCACUGAUACCGAUGAGCUCACGGAAACCGAGGAGCGGCUGCAACGGACACCGCGCGGACGUGUGUCAUCCUUGACACUGACGAAGGCCCGCGAUAGGACCUCCUACCAGAGUACUGCGUCUACCUCAGGCGAUGAAGACGAGGAUUACGACGAUGGCUUCCCGUCGCCUAGCCAAAUGUCCUCGCCUAGAUAUCGGCUCAGGAAGAAGAGGAGCGUCAUGAGAAAGAUUCGUCCUUCAGGAGAAGCCCCGAUGGCUUCCAAUAGCCGACCAUCAAGUGCGCGAGAGUCCCCUGCGACGAGCUUCACCCAAGGCUUGCCAUCCUCUGAAGGUCAGAGUCUGUUUAUGGAGCUUGCGGAACUAGACGGAGAGGAAGAUGAGGGUGCCUUUGGCCCCUCUAUGCGAUUCGCUACUGGCUCGCAGGCCUCCACCCCGCGCAUGCUUCCUACCCCCGACUCUAGACGACCCUCGGAGGCUAUACUCGACGCGGUCCCCAAGCCUGUGAUGGUUGAUUCUGGCGUGAUGACUGACCCUUGGGUCCCCACAACUGUAGCAACAACUAGCCUCCAGGAUACGAACGAUGAGGCAGCUCGUGGUUUGCCUACAACACCCACGAAGACAGUCAUGUCUGAUGCCAGCACCGCAACCGAGGUAGAGGUACCGCCGCAAUUGGCACACGCGGGGACACAAUGGACUCCCAUCGAGACGGAAGUGAUGGAGGAACAGACAGUUGUAAACGCUGAAGGUGUCAGACCGAACGGCCAUCCAAUGCCUGUUAUGGAAACGGAUGUUUCGGCAGUUUCUUUCCAAGAGACUGUUCCUGUGGCACCAAGGUUACCCGAAUUCAGCACCUCAUAUGCUGUUGGGGUUACUACCGAGCCCGUUGCGUUUGCUGUUCCCGAACCGCCGGAAGUUACACUGUCAUCUAUUUGCUCAGAGUUGACUGAACCCGCUGAUGCAAAACUUCCUGAGCCCGAGCCUGUAUACGUGGCUGAUAUGACCGUCUCAGCGAUUGAGUUCCAGUCUACACUGCCCGUCGCGCCAGCUCUUCCAGAGCCAGCGGCGCCAGUUCUGUUGUCCGAGCACGGCACCAAUACCGAGAUGCCCGAGGUGUCUGUGUCAUCUAUACUGUCGCAGCACACGGAACCUGUUGAAGCCCUUCUGGAGCCCGAGGCGCCAAUCCCCGAAGCCGCGGUAGCAUACGUGGAGCAAGCAGAAUGCCCGGAGAUUGCGCUAUCUUCCAUUGUUGCUCAGCAGACACAGCCGGCAGCGGCUAUUCCAGAACCGAGGGAAAUCACCCCUGUAGUCGCCGUGGAGGAGCAAAUGGUACCCAAGGUUGAGCUUGUGGUUUCUUCUAUUUCUUCUCAACAGACAGAGCCUGUUGAUGCCGUUGCACCCCAGCCAGCGCUCCCUAGCCUUGCCAUCUCUUCUACGGCCUUCCAAUGCACCGAGCCUAUUCCAGCACAGGUGCCUGAACUGCCAGUCCCUCUGGUGUCACAGGUGUCACUGUCCAGUGUCAGCUCCGUGGAAACCCUGCCCGUCAAAUCCACUCCCCCGCCACCUGCAAUUCCCGUGCUCAACUUCCCCGACGAGAAUGUGGCUCCCGAGUCCAACGAAAAGGCGCUUAAUAGCAGCUCAAUAAUGGAACCGCCUUCGCUCGUGGUUUCAGAAGAUACUAUCGACGAUAGUACAGUCAACAGUGCUGCCAACAUCAAGUUGGAUGACUCGCUCCCCUUGAGUGCCAUUUCCGGGAACGCUGUCCCACGUCACGCCCGGAAGCAUUCGUCCUCCAGCCGAGCAGACCAGGGUGCCCAGACGAUUCUGUCGUCGAAGCAAAUCGAUCAGAUUCUGAUGGAUCGUAUUGUCGCGCGGCCAUUGUCUCCUCCAGACAGCGACAAGGCCAAGGAACAGAACUCCUCUCCCUUUGCCACUCCGAAGGCAAGGACUCGCCCGACUCACCAACCCUCCGCAACGUCUCUCCCGUCCCACAAGAGGCCUGGAAGUGCCGUUAGCCAGACUUCUAGUAUCCAGAGCCAUCCUCCUUUGCCCAUGGAUCAUAGGGAAGCCAUCAUGGCAGCCGAGAAGAGAUCGUUGGAUCAACGCCCCUCUUCUCCAAGCUUGAUGGGCCCGCCUCUUGCCCCGGCGUCUGCCUACAGGACGAACGUAGCUCAGCGUCCACGGACUCCCAAUGACUCCAACCUUCAGGUUGGAACCGCAACAACAACGUCACGGAUGAAGAUGAGGCGCGAGAGCCAUGUGUCGCGGAGAUCGUCAGUGUCAUCCUUCGCUUCUGAGAUUGAAGAACGGUUCAACGGGCAUCCGAACCCAGCUCUUGGCCCUCAAGGUUAUGCUGCUGGUACAGAUCCACGAAUGAUUCAGGCAAUCACACAGACUAUGAUUGGAGAGUUCUUGUGGAAAUACACCCGCAAGACCGUGUCCGGGGAAAUCUCCAACUCGAGGCAUCGUCGGUACUUCUGGCUCCACCCGUACACCCGUACGUUGUACUGGAGCGAGCAAGAUCCGCAAAGUGCUGGCAAGAGCGAGCUCCGCACAAAGAGUGUUCUGAUUGAGGCUGUCAGAGUUGUUCCAGAUGACAAUCCUUACCCCCCCGGCCUUCACUGCAAGAGUCUUGAAGUAGUUAGCCCGGGCCGCCGAAUCAGGUUCACUGCGACUACUAGUCAGAGACACGAGACUUGGUUCAAUGCUCUCUCAUAUCUGUUGUUGCGCAACUCGACGGAAAACGGUGAGGAGCAAGAGGGUGAUGCUUCGUUGGAAGACAUCGAUGAGUUUAACCCCGGAUUCCGCUCACGGUCGCGUCAGACCUCCCGGCUGUCAUUCUCGUCUUCUCGGAGUCGUACCAGCCGGAAUUGGCCUAAGCAACGUGCAGGGUCCAUCCUGUCAACUCGUCGGGCGGCUACCCCUGGUCGUAGUUCCCCGGCAUUGAGUACGCCGUCUCAUUACUCGGACCAGAGACACGGCUCUUCCUCCCGUCUUAGUACAAUUCUGAACACCACAAUCAAGGGUUCUUUCGGUCGAAAGGGUCCUAACUAUGCUACCUCGAGCAUGCAUGAAGGAAGCCUUCAUACACAUGAUAGCGAGGAGGAUCUGCGGCAGAUGAUGGAAAGGCAGGAUGAUCGGCUUGAGAAUGUGCGAGCCUGCUGCGACGGCAAACAUGAUGUCGGCGCGCUGUCGAGGACCAGCAAAUACAGCCCCCGUGUCAACCGAAUUCACUCCCAUCAUUGA